CACGUUUACGAAACAAACAUUUGAGCGUGGAUAUCCGUCGCCACGUCGUCGCCACUGGCAUAUCUUAUCCCUAAGAACGCACAGUUCAUCGUGAAGAAAGCAAUCCCCGACGCACAAUGCCAUCGGCGAACCGUUCAGACAGCGGGAGCGACGACAAUGGGCCAGGGAGCCUCGGCACCUCGGGACGGCACGACGCAGACCACUACGGCGGCAGCGGCAGCAGUGGACGGCCGCUCAAGCGCCUCCGAACGCGCAAGGCAUGCACACACUGCAAGCAGCGCAAGAUUCGGUGCGAUUUUGACUCUGCGGCAGUCGGGCACCCAUGCAAGCGGUGCGCGAGCUACGGCCUGCCGUGCGAUGUCAACGGUGGCGCGGACAGAGAGAAGCUCCCGAUCCCCCGAUCGCCGCGCCAGAGAGGCAGUAGCACGUCGCCCCGCCGACGAUCGCCAGGCGGUGCCGACCCAUUCGGCGAGAUUGACAUCUCGCCGCACGAGGAGGAGGGCGAGGCGUUCGUGCCCGACGGGACGUCGCGCGAGUUUGUCGUCCACUCGCGCUACCACACGCACGUGAGGAAGAGUAGGGAGAGGCGGAGUAGCUCGACGCCCCCGCCGAGCACCGUCUUUGCGCCCAUCGCCAAGAUCUCGGACGAGCAGCUGGCCGCGCCGCCCGAGUCGGGGCUGUCCGCCACAUCGGGUAUCCGGCAAGUGCUAGAAGGGCGAGUGUACGGGAGCCACUUUGGACGCCCGGACCCGCGGUUACUAGGCGCUACGUCCAUGUCGGCGCUGCUUACGCCCAUCUCGCGAGACGGAAAGCACUCGUCGGCGCUGUUCAGCCACGAUAUGCGCUAUGGCCUCCGGAGGCGCGAGACCAUCCUCGAGGAGAGCACUGUGAUUUGGAGCUUGAAUGGAAGCAGUCCCGUGUGGCGCCUGCCUUCGCACCGGCUAACGCUGCCCGUCAUUGAGAAGCUGCUCGACCACUACGCCAAGCACAUCUCGCCAAUCUUCCCCGCGAUCAUGUAUUACGAGGCGACCAACCUCCGCACGCUGACAGCGUUCCAAAUCCUCGCCAUGUGUGCCAUGGCGUCCCUGUCGCGUACAGUUCCACAACCGAUAAGCGCGUCAGUCCGCUCGAGGCUGUACCACCUCCUUGAGGCGGUGCCCGGCGGCAGCAUCUGGACGGCUAACCAGGCCAACCUGACGGCCCUGCUCGUCAUGUCCAUGAGCGGCGAGCUGCAUGGCAUCACGGCCAGUGCGGGAGGCAGCAUCGCGUGGCUGCGUACCGGUGUCGCGAUCCGCAUGGCCCAGGAUCUGGGAUACCACCGCAAGAUUACCGACUUUGGCGUAUCCGCGUCCCAGAGGAGAGUGCGGAGUCGUAUCUGGGCUCUGUGCAUGAUGACUGACGCAUGGUACGCGCUGUACUACGGCCAACCAUUAAUGGUCGACGCAACGGCCGUGGAUGCCGAGGCUUUCAUCCCUCUGCGCAGUGACGAGGAGGAGGGCGGGCCAUGCACCAACCAAAAGACGGUCUACUACAUGUCCCAGCUGACGACAAUCCUGCGACGAGUUUUGCGCACUGUCUACGACGUCUCUCACGCACCAUUGGCCAUGGCGACAGAUGACACGCUGCUCGACAUCUGUCGCGACAUUGACAGCUAUCAUGUCAACCUGCCCGAUCCCAUCACCCUGCGGCCAGACACAGACCCCAUCCGAACAGGAGCCGCGCUCGUGGCACUAUCAUGCGAGACAAUCGAGUACAUCUUCUAUCGCCCAUUCAAGUACCGCCACGCGCUGCCCAAGCACAUCGAGUUCCAGGUCAGCCCGGAGCGGUGGAGCCACCUCAUCGAGCGGUCGCACCGUACUGUCGAGUGGAUCGCCAAGAACGGCGCCAACCUGCUCGACUCAUGGUUCGUCACGACGUACGCUCUUGCCACAGUGGCCCAGAUGCACUUCUACAACUAUGUCGACUCGCGCGACGCGGCGUCGCUGCAGACAAUCCAGACAAUCACCGAGAUCCUCGACUCGUGGUCCUCGAGCCAAGGGUUCACGCACGAGGCCACCUCGCUGCGCUACCGCAUCGGCGAGAUUGUCAACCAGCUGUACACGGCCGCCGUGGACGGAUGCACCGAGACGCGCGUGCACGCCAUGCAGAGCAGCAUGAGCACAGUCAUCCCCGGCCUGCAGGACCCGCACGGCGCACAGCAGCAGAUCCCGGGGCUCGAGUUCAACCCCGCCGACCCGCUCAACGAGCUGUACCUCCUCACGGGCACCGACCCCAACCUGAUCCACCCGGCCGCGACGAUGAACGACGACUGGUCGACCCUGCUCAACUUUAUGGGCGUCGCGGCAAAUGCGGCGAAUGUAGACUUUUCCACAGAGUGUAACAUGUAG